UGUGUAAGAAUAUAAAUAACCUUUCCUGAACCACAACCACAAACUUCAGCUUUUGGUUGAGUUGGUUCUUUGACAUGGUAUCAGAGUCUUGUUGACUAAGAGGUCACGAAUUCGAAACUCAACAUCACCCAAUUUUGAAAAAAAUUAAGACAGUGCAGUAGGGCUUCUUCUCCCUCCUCCGACGUGAUCUUUUCUAUUUAUAGUGCAGCGCCGUGAUCUAUCCUACGCCGUCAGAGCGCAGGAGUUUGAGAAUUUCUCUUCUUUUUUUUAAAUCUCCUGCUCUUCGAUUUGUUGAUCGUUAUAGAUACUUCUUCUUCUUCUAUAAGCUAGUGAUUUUCUAGGGUUUUGGCGUUGGCUGUGAGAUCUAUCGGCUAGUGAUUCCGAUAAAAAUUUGUUCUUUUGACGCACAGGGGAAACUCGAGUUAAUUGUUAAUUGAUGCGCUGCCCAAGCUUUGGAUCGGAUAGGGCGGUUAGAUAUUUGUGCCUGGUUCUGAGAUGGCCAAUCCUGGCGGUAUCGGGACCAAGUUUGCAUCUGUGAAUCUGAACAGGUCUUAUGGACAGCCUCAUCAGUAUGCUCAUCAAUCUUAUAGUGGAUCUUAUGGCCAGGCUGGAAACAGUCGUGGCGGGCGGCCAGCUAGUGGGGGUGGAGGAGGAGGUGGAGGAAUGGUGGUCUUGUCACGGCCCAAGAGUUCACAGAAAGCUGGACCUAAAUUAUCUGUUCCACCCCCCUUGAAUUUGCCAUCCCUGAGGAAAGAGCACCAGAAAUUUGAUGUAUCUGGAUCAGUCAGUGGUGCAACCAGUGGAGGUAGACCUGCUAGUGGGCCAAGGCCAUCUUCUUCUGGUGUGGGUUGGUCAAAACCUGCUCCGGCCGUUGGGGGACAGGGAAAAGAUGGAACUGGUGACACUCAAGUGGUUGAAGACUCGAACGAUACUGGAUAUAGGGCCGAUGGCUUGAAUCGUCAUGAGAAUGGUGCUUAUAUGCCGCCUUCCGCUCGUCCUGGUGGAAUUGGAUCUUCACUUACUGUUUCCACCAAGCAUUUACCCCCACCAACUGAGAAAGCAGGUGUUUUGCGGGGUGAGGAUUUUCCUUCUCUCCAGGCUGCUUUGCCCAUCCCUUCAGUGUCUUCUCAGAAACAAAAGGAGGGUGCGAAUCAAAAGCAAAAGUUUGAAGAAGAGUACUCCAAUCACAGAAUUGACAAUUUUGGUUCAGUUGAUAUGCGCCCUCAUGGUCACCCUUCCCGCCAAUCUUUUGAGAACAGACCAGCCGAAAAUGAUGUUGAUUGUCUUUAUAAGGGCCGUUCAAGCCAGUCUGGUCACUCCUGGAAGCAAGAAGAGUACCUUACAGGCCCACUUCCAUUAGUUCAGAUAAAUCCAAGGUCUGAUUGGGCUGAUGAUGAACGCGACACUGGACAUGGCUUCAUAGACAGGGGUAGAGACUCAAGAAUGGUAAAAAGUGAAAACUACUGGAACAGUGAUUUUGACAUUCCCAGAAUCAGUGUUUUACCACAUAAACUAGCUAAUAAUCAGUAUGAAAGGAGGGGUGAAAGGGAGACCGAAACAGGAAUUGUGUCUUCCAGUGAAGUCCUUAGAGGAGGGGAUGCUCAUCAUAGGGACGUGAGAACAGAUGGAAGGGAAGUAAGCACGUGGAAAUCCUCUUCUAUUCCAAGAGAUGGGAAUGUUCCAGUUUCUGUGAACAGCAGAAAUGGUGUUAACUCCAGAACAUACACACAGAACAGGGAUAUAGGGAAAGAUAGUAAGUAUGCUCCACCUCAGUCUGGAGAAACUGCAAACUGUGACUCCGCAUUUGCAAAAAAGGAAGCGAUGCAUUCAUCAGAAGUACAAAAGCAGUGGAAUAAUUCACGGGAAUCAUACCAAUCUAACAGAUUUGGUCUCCAAAACAGUAACGGAUUUAAACCUUCAUUUGCUUCACCUGGCAAAUCCCUUUCAGUCUCUAACGCGAUACCCAAUCUUGGUCGUGAAAAACAUGCAUUUUCAAGAAAUGAGAAACCAUAUGUUGAGGACUUUGGAGCUGCAGGUUUUGAUGAAAGGGACCUCUUGUCAGGGGGUCUUGUUGGGGUCAUCAAGAGGAAAAAGGAUGUGACCAAGCAGAUUGAUUUCCACGAUCCUGUCAGGGAAUCGUUUGAGGCUGAACUUGAGAGAGUUCAGAAGAUGCAAGAGCUUGAGCGACAGAGAAUCAUAGAAGAACAAGAAAGAGCCUUGGAACAAGCUCAGAAGGAGGAAGAAGAAAGGCAAAGAGUUAUUAGGGAGGAAGCAGAACAGCGUAGAAGGUUGGAAGAAGAAGCCCGAGAAGCUGCUUGGAGGGAAGAGCAAGAGAAACUGGAGGCUAUUAGAAAAGCUGAUGAACAGAGGGCUGCUAGAGAAGAGGAGAGGAGAAGGAUUUUCCUAGAGGAAGAAAGGAGAAAACAGGCUGCUAAGCAGAAGCUUUUAGAGUUGGAGGCUAAGAUUGCAAAAAGGGAGGCCGACAGAGGAAAAACUGACAUUUCCAUUUCGACCACUGUUUUUGACGAAAAACUAUCUCUUGUCGUGAAGGAAAGUGAGGCUUCAGAUCUAGAUAACUGGGAUGAGAGUGAGAGGAUGGUGGAGCGGCUAACAACUUCAACAUAUUCUGAGACACCUGCUCUGAGCGGAACUGCUGAGAUAGGUUUUAGGCCUUAUCACUCAAGAGAUGGGUAUUCAGAUUUUGGUGAUGCAGGUAAAUCUACUUGUUCAUGGAGAAGGGAUGCAUUUGGGACUGGGAGUGGCUCACGUGUGGAUCCUGAUUUUUGUCACGGCAUUCCACGAAGAGAUGCAUCUGCUAGGGGGGUCAGAGUAGCUCCUCAAAAAGAUUUAUAUGGAGGAAGUGGCUACAUGUCAUCUAGGAGUCUUAUUAUGAAAGAUGGAGUGCAGGAAGCUUUCACAGAAGAAUUUGUGGAGCCAAAAGAAGAUAGGUGGAGGCUUUCUGCAGAUGUUGACCCAUUCAACAGAACCAGAGAGUUUGGUUCAGAAUAUCAAGACAAUUUUGGGGAAAGGUACAGUGAUAUUGGAUGGGGGCAGGGCCAUUCUCAUGGUGGCAGUUCUCGUUUCCCUUAUCCAGGUCAGUCAUAUCCUAAUCCGGAAACUGAUGAUCAUUUCUCCUAUGGUAAGUCCAGAUAUUCCAUGAGACAGCCACACGUACUUCCCCCUCCUACACUUUCAACUACUCAUAGGAAUUUUUCCAGGGGUGAAAAUGAACUUGCUCGCACUUCAGGCUUUGUAAACACACAAUCUACUGAAAAUUAUGAUGGCCAUGUAGAAAGCAGGGGCACAUCACUAAUUGAUCUCCAGCACGAUAACACAUCCAUAGAAGAGACGUUGAGAAAAGACAUGGGCUCUAGGUGUGAUUCACAAUCAUCCCUAUCAGUUACAAGUCCUCCAAUUUCACCCCCUCACCUCUCCAAUGAUGAGAUGGAUGAGUCUGGGUAUUCUCCUGUUGUAUCUACUGCAGCAGGGGGGCAAAAUAUAAUAUUUUCUGGGCAUAAAUGUCCCGUCUUGAAUGAUGUUUCUAUAGAAGAUGCCACAAGAACAGUGUCUAGUUCUAUUUCUGUUGUCGAGGAUGAAGAAUGGACCAUUGAAAACAAUGAUGACUUGCCACAGCAAGAGGAGUAUGAUGAUGAGGAAGAUGGUUUCAGGGAAGAGGACGAACUCCAUGAAGGAGAUGAUAACAUUGAACUGAACCAAGAAUUUGAAGGUUUAAACCUUGGAGAAAGUUUAUCAUCUCCUAAUUCAAACAACGUUGUUUUAGGCUUCAAUGAGGGAGUUGAAGUGGCCAUACCUAGUGAUAAUUUUGAGAGGGAUUUAAGAAAUGAAGAGAUAUUUGAUAGAGCAGAAACUUAUGUCCACAGUAACAUCCCUGAAGAACAGGGAGCUAUGAAUGACGUCCAAGUUGAUGAGAUGUGUUGUCAGCCUGCAGAAUGUUCAUCACAAUUAAAUUCUCGCAGUAAAAAUGAAAUGGCUAUGCAGGAAACUGUAAGAAGGCCUGCAAUUGUUCCCCAUAAUUCAACUACAUCUGUUCUUUCGGAUGGUGUUGAUGUUCCUAGUUGUGUCCUUUCUUCUGCUCACCAAUCUUUGUCACCAGUGCACAAGCCAUCUUCUGCCACAAGUCAAGCCGAUUUGCCCGUUAAACUUCAGUUUGGACUAUUCUCAGGUCCAUCUUUGAUACCAUCUCCUGUGCCAGCAAUACAGAUCGGUUCGAUACAGAUGCCUCUUCACCUGCAUCCAUCACAACCUUCUUUCUUCCAGUUUGGUCAGUUCAGGUAUUCACCUCCUACCUCCCAAGGAGUUUCGCCAGGGCUGUCUUUUAUCCAGCCAAAUUUACAAAACAAUAACCAUAAUGUGUACCAAUGUGAUGGAGGUUCUCUGCGUACUCAGCAACAUGGUGACAAUGUUUCUUCAGGGAAGCUGGCUGAAAUGCCAUCUCUUUCACUGAAUAAACAAACUGGUUCUGUAACUGGUUCUCCCGUGCAGUCUCAUGGAAAUGUUUCAGGUAUAAGUUUAUCUUCAGUCAGAGCUGCAGAAAACAAUGCUCAGACAUGUAAGAUCAUUUCUGAGGUUUCUGGUGAUACUGAGGGUAAUCUUCCAGAGAAAGCUUGUUUCCGAAGUGAAAAUAAGGAGAAGAGUAGUGGAGAUCCUCAGAAUAAUCUGUGUUCGUCUAAGGGGAAAAUUGCACAGCCUGUAAGGAGGAUGUUAUCUGGCAGAUUUAACCCUCAAGGGUCAUUCACUGGCUCAAAGGGUAAGAGGUUCAUGUAUGCUGUUAAAAAUAGCAGUGCUAGGCCAUCUUCGCAUGCAUCUGAAACUUCUUACUCAAAUAUUGCUGGGUUUCAGAAGAGACCACGGCGGACAAUCCAGCGGACAGAAUUUCGAAUUCGAGAGAAUGGGGAUAAGAGACAGUUAUCUGCGCUUCUCUCUGGUGAUGAUAAUUGUUUUGAUGAUAAUGCAACAUAUAAUGGAAGAUAUGGAGGGGGUUUUCCAAGAAAUGGAUCUAAGAGAGGUUCUGUGCUUAACAAAUCCAUGAAAUGCACCGUAGAAUCUGAGAAUUUCAAGUCACCUAAAUAUGGUUCUCAGAACUUUGAUUCUGGAAAGGAUCAUGCUCUAAAGAAUCAGAGUAGUCUUUGUAGGUUUGGUGAGGGGAAUUUGAAGAGGAACAUUUCUGAGGAUGUUGAUGCUCCCUUGCAGAGUGGUAUUGUACGAGUUUUUAAGCAGCCUGGUAUUGAAGCCCCCAGUGAUGAAGAUGACUUUAUUCAAGUAAGAUCCAAAAGGCAAAUGCUGAAUGACCGCCGGGAACAGAGAGAGAAAGAAAUAAAAGCAAAGUCCCGGGCCUUAAAGCAACCACGUAAACCUUACACUCCCAGACAAAACAUUGCAGUUUCAACCAGCUUAAACAAGGCAUCUGUACAUGCGGGUGGAAAAAAUCCGCAGAAAACACAGUCGGUGUUUGUUGCUACUGAGGGGCAAGGAUCAACUAACAUCUCUGAACCCAUGGGAUGUUCUACCGAUCUACAGUCAGUUGUUCCCCCUUGUACUCCUGCCAAAGAUGUUGAAACUGAAUCAGAUAUUAGAUCAAUUAAAUCUCAUCAUGCAUCAUCUGCUACUGUCGUAUCUGGUGCUGGAUGUGAUGGAACUAGCUUGAUGUUUGAAGGAAAUAAACCUAAAGAUGCCAUUAUUGCAACUUCUUUGAAGUCGUGGUGCCCUCCAUGUGUUAAUCAACAGAGUCAACUUGAAGAGGCUAUGAAGUCUGUGAAAUUUGAGACACACGUUUCUUCUUCUGUAAGUCACAGUAGUAGUUCAGUCAGCGAGCCUGCCUUACCAUCAUCAUCGACUAUGAUGCCCAAUGACAAAUCUUUUACGUUGACUACAAGCCCAAUUAACUCUUUGCUUGCUGGAGAGAAAAUUCAAUUUGGUGCUGUUACAUCCCCAACAGUCCUACCUGCUAGUUGUCAUAUCGUUUCACAUGGGAUUGGAGCUCCAGGCUCCAAGCGGUCUUCUGAUCUACAAAUCCCCCACAAUCAUUCUGCAACUAAAAGUGACUGUUCUCUCUUUGAUAAAUUGCCAAAUGACUCCUCUGUUAGCUUACAUGAUUCUGAGACUGAAGCUGAAGCAGCUGCCUCUGCUGUUGCUGUUGCAGCCAUCACUAAUGAGGAAGGCGUGGAGAAUGGUCUUGGUUCUGUAACUGCUUCAGAAACUAAAAGCGUCUUUGAAGGUGAUCCGCAAGUGGGAAGUCAAUCAAGAGUGGAAGAACCCCUCACUGUCUCUCUUCCUGCAGAUCUUUCUGUUGAAAACCAUCCGAUAUCUUUAUGGCCGCGUUUACCUGACCCUCAGAAUCCGUCAGGUCAGAUACUUUCUCAUUUUCCUGGAGGACAGCCUUCUCACUUCCCUUUCUAUGAGAUGAAUCCUGUCUUGGGAGGUCCUAUCUUUUCAUUUGGGCCACAUGAAGAAUCAACUGUUUCCCAAAAUCAGCCUCAAAAGAGUACCACCAUAGGUUCAGGGCCUCUUGGUGCUUGGCAACAAUGCCAUUCUUCCAUGGAUUCAUUCUAUGGCCCCCCAACAGGGUUUACCGGUCCAUUGUACAGCUCAACUGGACGAAUGCCUGGGGUUCAAGGCCCCCCUCCGCACAUGGUGGUCUACAAUCAUUUUGCACCAUUUGGGCAAUUUGGACAGGUCGGUUUGAGUUUUAUGGGCACCACAUAUAUUACUUCUGGAAAGCAUAACCCAAGUUCUUCCAUGGGCGGUAUGAGCGAUGGAGAUAUGAAUAUCAGUUCCACACAGCGAAAUGCAUCGGCAGCUCCUGUUCAACAUCUUGCUCCUGGAUCACCACUUAUUCCUAUGGGUUCUCCCUUGGCCAUGUUUGAUGUUUCUCCUUUUCAGCGGCCGCCACCCGACAUGCAUUGGUCUAGUGUCCACUCAGCAGCGUCACCUCUCCACUCUGCUCCCUCUCAACCACAGCAACAGGUAGAGGUCAUACCACCUGCGCCAUUAGACCACGGGCGGCACCCAGUUGGUAGUAGGUUCCCACCGGAUGCUCUUUCAACAUCAACACCACCGGAGAGUUGCCUGACAACGCUUCCUGUUUCAUCAUCAGUUAAUAAUGAUCAUAAUAAUAUCAAUAAUAGCCCAACAGCUCAGUUUCCCGAUCAACUUGGCGGUCCAUCAUCAGAGAAUCCUGCAGCAAGUGCCAUUUUAGAUGAUGCCGGGAAGAGUGGUAAUAACAAUAAUAGUGAUAUUAAUAGAGUCCAGCACACUACCUCAAGUGGUGUCAGAAUGUCUCCACUGCCUACUCGGCAUGAGAUGAAUCUAUCCCCUUCACAUCAUCAUCAUCAUCAUCAUCAUCAUCAUCAUCAGAGUUAUUCUAGUGGCUAUAAUAGUUAUCAUAGGGGGAUGGCAAGUGGAAUGUCUCAAAGGAAUCAUGAGUGGUCCCGCAAUCGAAGAACGGGGUUCCAUGGUAGAAACCAGUCGUUUGGUGGUCCAGAAAGGGGGUUUUCGUCUACAAGAGUCAAACAGAUUUAUGUUGCCAAACAAAGCAAUGGUGCCGGUGGUGUGGGUGCGAGUAAAACUGAGGGAUAGAUAUUUUUACCAAGGUAUUGAACUUACCAUUUGAUGUGAUGCUAUGCUAUUAUUUGGAUAUUCAGUUCAAGUUCUAAUAUAUUUGCACCCAAAAAACUUGGUUAUUUUUUUUAAGUUAAUCAUUUCUUGGAUUGUAUGUAGAUUUGGAUAGGUGGCAUUAGACUCCCCCAUCCCCCCCCCCCNCCCCCUUCCCCUCCCCUCUUUGCUUGUUGUAGCAGCAGGGCUAAUUUUGUCAGGUUUCAGUUGUGUAAGGUCAUUUAUUGUUUGGCUACUGAACAUGUGAAAAGAACUUUUUGCACUAUCCACAUGAAGAUUAUAAUCAAAAGCAGGUGGCACCAAAAAAGGAACCAUAGUGUCCUUUUAGCAGCUUUAUUACCAUUGUGCCUAAUAAGUGUUUUAGAAUUUC